ACUUGGGGGCUUCUUGCAAUUACAAGAUGUACUCCGCUGCCAGCCAGCAGUAGCAGAGCUCCCAACACAUCUUCCGACCGCCACUGGUAAUAGCCCCACCUCUCCUAAAAUUUUUCAAUAUUUCCUUCUACUAUGCACCGAGCGCUGGUCCACCUCGACGAACCUUACACACACAAUGCCGUGAUUAAGGCAUUACAACGCAGCAAACUUGAAUUCGACAUUUGCGACGCCAUUGCUGAGGACAACAGCGAGGCUGAUUUGAUUUCGGCACCCAAUCCGAUCGCAUUACAAUGGUUGGAGUACGAGCUGAUCAACUGGUCGUUGCUUGCUGCAAAGGAAGAAACAACUAUGGCCAAUGCAUAUUGCAUACGCAAGGGCCUGAUCCGCAAAGCACAGUUCUCGUACAAUGUUUCGAAAUAUCUGUCAAAGAAUCCAGAGAGUAUCUUGAAGCAGGCGAUCCCAGAGACCUGGCAAUUCGAAUUGGAUCACAUUGACUAUAUCGACGAGGCCCUAAAUGAAGUGUUUGAAGUCGAAAGAGAUUUGAAAGAAAACGAAUUAAGCGGGACGCAAAAGCACGUUUUCAUCAUCAAGCCGAGCAUGGCCAACAAAGCUGCAGGGAUCCACGUGUUUGAUUCGCUCAAGCAGUUAUGUGCCAUCUUUGAAGAACCAGAGAGCGACGAUGAGCAAAGCGAUAGCGGCUAUGAUGAGGAUGAUGAUGAUGAUGAUGAUCAGGAAGACUUGUCUCAAGUACGCGAAUGGGUGAUACAACGCUAUAUCAGUAAUCCACUCCUUGUCAAUAACCACAAGUUCCAUAUCCGCGCAUACGUUCUGGCGAUCUCUAAUAUCCAAGUUUAUAUCUACCGCGACAUGCUCGCCUUAUUUGCCCUUCGACCUUACGAUUUGACGAAACUCUCGGAUCCAUUGGCACAUAUCUCUAAUACCUGCAUACAGACCAACCAAGCUGAUUUCGAUGAAGACCAAUCCGUACGGUUGUUCUGGGAACUCAACAAAUCUGGCAUACAGGAUCAGGAUUUGGAAGGCAUGUUUAGUCAGAUGCAGGCUAUUCUGGCCGAUGUGUUUGACGCCUGCACAAGUGAAAUGACAACUCUCCAAGCUAUCCCGAAUUCGUUCGAGCUGUUUGGCGUUGACUUUUUGGUGGAUGCUGAUCACAAGGUGUAUUUCUUGGAGACGAACGCGUUCCCGGAUUUCAAACAAACUGGAUCCAAGCUACAACACGUUGUUCAAGAACUAUUUGAUGCCACCGUCCAGACAGCCAUUGAACCUUUCUUUGGUGACCGGACACCCGAACAACACCCCAAGUUAACCAAAGUGUUUGACAAAAAGUUGCUUUCAUUACAACGAUAGUAAACUAUUCAAGUCAUCUUAUACUGUAAUUUUUUUUUGCUUUCUGUAUUACGUAUCAUGCAUCCUACAAGCUACCAUCUGCAUAAACCUUUGUUAAACCUUCUAUUCCCUUUUCGACCUUGGUCCAUGUAACAGGACAACGAUUAUGUUCCUCAACAUAGUGGUAUGCGCAUGUGUAGCAAAAGACAUAACCGGAUGGAAGGGCAGUCGGAUUGUUGAUGGGGGAGGUUAAGCAAAGUGGGCAAGUGUUUCGCGUGGAAGGAUGCUGUUUCAUUACCUUUAAU